GCUGCCUCCUCUCUCGCCAGCAUAAAUUUCGCAACCCCACAUUUAUUUUCUUUUUUUCCAUUUUAAUACUCAUUCUACAUAUAGCAACAAUUAUAAUAAUAAUGGAGACCCCCUACUCCACCUACAUAAAGGCAGAGUUUAUCGAAACAGACACAGGCAACAAAGUCAGCCGUCGCUCACUAAUCUCGGGCUCUCAAAACAUAGUCUUGGGCGGCAAAACAAUUGUCCACCCGAAAUGCACAAUCCGCGGCGACCUCCGCCGCGCCGGCCCCACACACCAGGCAUCCGUACUCAUCGGCCGCUUCUGCUCUCUCGGCCCCUAUUCCGUCCUACGCCCGCCCCAUAAAUCCUACAAGGGUGUCUUCAGCUACUACCCGUUGAAAAUUGGAGACCACGUGGAUAUCGGCGAAAACUCCAUUAUCGAAGCUGCGUCUAUCGGUUCCUAUGUUGUUAUUGGCAAAAACUGCAUCAUCGGACGCUUUGCUAUCAUAAAGGACUGCUGCUUGAUCGAAGACGGCGCCAUUGUUGCCCCUAAUACUGUUGUUCCGCCAUUCAGUGUCGUUGCCGCCGGCCCCCCUGCAAAGGUUGUCUCGCACCUACCUGAAUCUAUACAGGAGGUUUUUGAGGCUCGGUCUAAAGACAACUAUGCUAAAUUUGUACAUGAAUAAUUGAACCUAUAUUUUGAAAACUUUAAAACUUUCAUACCACCAGAUCACUGCGCGAGGCGGUGUAUUGUAACCUUUCACCA